GUUUUAACGACUAGUGAAAAGACGAAUGUAGACAACUUGUUUCAGAAAGAUUCACUUGUUCGACAAAGCCAGCUGGUGGUAGAUUGGCUAGAGAGUAUUGCCAAGGAUGAAAUUGGGGACUUCUCCGAUAAUAUUGAGUUUUAUGCAAAAUCUGUAUAUUGGGAGAACACACUACAUAUCCUGAAGCAGCGACAGUUCAGUGCAUACAUUGGAAGUUCUCGACCUCUGGUAACAGAGUUGGAUCCAGACGCUCCUAUAAGACAGAAACUGCCACUCGAUGAUUUGGAUCGAGAAGAUGAUGCGAGGCUGUUGAAGUAUCUCUUCACUCUCAUCAGAGCAGGACUGACAGAUGAGGCACAGCGCUUAUGCAAACGAUGUGGUCAGGCCUGGAGAGCUGCAACUUUGGAAGGAUGGAAAUUGUAUCACGAUCCUAACAUCAAUGGAGGAAAAGAGCUGGAGCCUGUUGAAGGGAAUCCAUACAGGUGCAUUUGGAAAAUAACGUGUUGGCGUAUGGCUGAAGAGGAGCAGUUCAAUAGAUACGAAAGAGCAAUCUAUGCAGCGCUGAGUGGAAACCUCAAACAUCUUCUUCCUGUUUGUGAUACCUGGGAAGAUACUGUCUGGGCAUAUUUCAGGGUCAUGGUGGACACCCUUGUUGAGCAGGAAAUACGAACCUCAGUAAUAACUGCAGAGGAGAUGGAGGAGCUCCCUAGAGAUUAUUUAGAAACAAACUGGACUUCAGAAAAAGUUUUUGAAGAACUUCAGGCAACAGACAAAAGGAGGGUUAUAGAGGAGAAUCAAGAACACUAUCACGUGAUUCAGAAAUUCAUUAUACUGGGAGAUGUGGAUGGUCUGAUGGAAGAAUUCAGCAGAUGGCUUUCCAAAGACAGAAGCGUCCUCCCAGGACACCUUCUUCGUUUCAUGACACAUCUUAUUCUGUUUUUCCGCACUUUGGGUCUGCAGACUAGGGAGGAAGUUUCUGUUGAAGUCCUAAAGACGUACAUUCAGCGGAUGAUAUCCGAGAAGCGCACGGAUUUAAUAGCCUUUUAUGUUAGCCACUUGCCCCCAGAGCUCGCUGUUGCUCAGUAUGCUUUAUUUCUCGAAGACAUUACGGAGAGCGACCAGCGCCACCACUGCCUUGAACUGGCCAAAGAUGCAGGUCUGGAUGUCGCAACCAUAACAAAAACUGUUGUUGAAAACAUCCGCAAGAAGGAUGCCGGUGAAUUCAGUCACCAUGACCAUAUAGUGGAUACAGGCACAACGGAGGCCGACCAGCUGAAAAUAGAUGUGAUCGACUGGCUCGUGUUUGAUCCCGCACAGAGGGCGGAAGCACUGAAGCAAAGCAAUGCCAUCAUGAGGAAGUUCUUGGCAUCCAAGAAACAUGAAGCGGCAAAAGAUGUGUUUGUGAAGAUUCCCCAAGACUCUAUAGCAGAAAUAUAUAACCAAUGGGAAGAGCAGGGAAUGGAUACGCCACUUCCAGCUGAAGAUGACAAUGCUAUAAGGGAACACUUAUGUAUUUGGGCAUAUUUGGAAGCCCACGAAACCUUCAAUGAAUGGUUUAAACACAUGAACUCGGCCCCGCAGAAGCCUUCUUUGUUACCACAAGCAAGUUUCACUGAAAAAGUGGCCCAUGAACAUAAAGAAAAGAAAUACGAGAUGGACUAUGGCAUUUGGAAAGGCCUCUUGGAUGCUCUUACAGCUGAUGUGAAAGAGAAGAUGUACAACGUGUUGCUGUUUGUUGAUGGAGGAUGGAUGGUGGAUGUUAGAGAGGACGCCGAGGACGACCCGGAGCGAGCGCACCAGAUGAUUUUGCUGCGAAGGCUGUGUCUGCCAAUGAUAUGCUUUUUGCUGCACACAGUGUUACACAGUACCGGGCAGUAUCAGGAGUGCCUGCGUCUGGCUGACAUGGUCGCUUCUGAGCGACACAAGCUUUAUGCGGUAUUUUCAAAGGAAGAACUCCGAAAGCUACUGCAGAAGCUGAUGGAAUCUUCUCUGAUGCUUCUGGACCAGGAUCUUGAUCCUUUGGGAUAUGAAAUUCAGUCAUAGGAUUUCAUGGAGAUGCUCGCAAAAACUUCUGCAUGUGGGCAUUCUGGUUUUGUAAAAAAAGAAUAAAA